AUGCAGUCAUCGACGACGCUUCCAACUGCCGUCGCCAACUCAUUCGACGCGAUCGCUGACGCGCCGGACCAGCUGCCGCGCGAUCCUGCGCCGACGAAAGACUCCCAUCCUCCGCCGGUGGUCCUCCAGUUGCGGCCGCCCUGUGGGGAACUGCAGAAGUUGUUGCGCAGCUGGACAACGGCCGUGUUCACCGUGAAGUCUGCAGGGCGUGACCUGUACAGGGUCACACUCCGCACUGUUGACAAUUAUCGCCGGGUCACUCUGGAGGCGUCUGAGCGUGGACGUGCGUGCCCCCGUCCGCCCACCGAGAAGCCGACAUGUGCACUCUGUGGCGGUGCUCACGUGGCCAGUUAUCGUGGGUGUGAGGUAUGGAAGCGUACCAUCGCUCGCCAACGUGGCCAAACACCAGCGCCACGCCCGAAGAAGCCGGCAACGAGAAGGCCCGGCGUCUCUUUCGCGGCGGCAACGUCAGGGGCGCCCUCCGCCGUCCCGGCUGCGUCGGCUGCUCCUGUUCCUGCCGCAUCCGAGGCCGUGCCGACACCUGAGGCUCCUGCGCCUCCACCACAGCUGCUAGUGGCGGACCCGGGUACUGCCUCUCCCGGGACGUCGGCCGGACCGCGCCCCGCCAACCGCCGGCGCAGGGCUCACCGCCCUGUGGGUACCCAGCGCUCAGCACCGUCAGUCGAGCAGCCCCAGGUGGACUCUCACAGCGAAGCAGCCACGCCUCCCCCUUCCAGCGACGGGGCCGCGCCGGCUGCCUCCACCGCUGACCUGGCCAACCUCGUCGCGCAGCUUACUGCCCUGGUGACCAGUGCCACGAAGUUGAUUGAAGUCCUGUCGCAGCAACUCACCGCUGCAGUGCCGACGGCCGCUCCGGCCCCACCUGCUGUCGACCCUCACCAGCUGCACCGUGGGCAGCGUUAG